AUGGCUACGUGGGUUUUGUUGGCGGCAUUAAUUUGCGGAAGUCAGGCGGCAGUUCUUCCACCGCCUUGGGCUGAUGUACGAAAGAACCCUUGUGCUGCUCAUCCACGAGGAUGGCUGAUGCUGUACUGGCCUUCGGAUGGAAAAUGCUACACAAUAUACAAGAAAGGCUAUCCAUGUCCAGAAUCACAAGAGCUAAGCCCUGGGAGGCUGGGUGGUCGCACAGUGGCAGAGUGCAAGUGUCCACCCGGCUCCGCCCAACUGCCGCACACCACAACCUGUUACAAGUUGUUCGAGAGAGGCCCAUGUAGGAAUGGAGAAUACUUCGCACCCGUUGAAGAAUCUUUUAACAUGCGAGGCGAGCGCCAAGGCAUGUGCGUGAGGCCGCAGCAAUGCGCGGACGAGACGCUACUAUUCUGGCCGCCGGAUGGGAAGUGCUACUUCAAGCUUACCCAAGGUCCGUGCUACCCGGGCUCGAUAUUGAGUGUCGGGGACGAUGGACUUGCCAAUUGUACUUGCACACAAAACAGCACCCACUACUGGGCCGCGGAUGGCGGGUGUUACCCGCACUACACGCGCGGGCCCUGCGACAGGGGACAGCUGUUCCUACCUGGAGGGAAGUGUGGGUGUGAAUCCCAUUUACCGCACUAUCAUAAUGAAACUCAAGGAUGUUACGAACUUGAUUCAUUAGGCCCGUGCCCCAAAGGCCACACGUUCUCGCUGGCGGGCGCGGGCGCGGCGCGUGCGCAGUGCAGCUGCAAGGGGUUCCACGCGCGCGCCGCCGACGGCGCCUGCUACCGGCUGUACACGCGCGGGCCCUGCGCGCAGGACGAGAUGAUCGCGCGGGGCGGCAACUGUACUAAGGUGCCGUGCGCUCGCGGGCGGCUGUACGUGCGCGCGCGGCGGCGCUGCUACCGGCCGGGCGCGGGCGAGCCGUGCGGCGCGGGCGAGCACCUCAGCUUCGACUUCGCCGCGCGCCCCGCUGUCGACGGCCUCAGCCACAACGGCGUGUGCGUGUGCUCCGGCGCACCCUGCCUGCGCGCCAGGCAACACCAGGUGUCCGGGUGUUCGUCCCGCGCAGGCGCAGUGGAGUACAACAAGACGUGCCACCUGCUGCACACGCGCGGGCCGUGCGCCGCCGGCGCCUGGCUCGCGCGGGACGGCGCCGGCCGCGUCGCGUGCACCUGCAGGCCUGGUACCGACUGCGUGGACGCGGGCGGG